CGAGAGCACGUGUACGUCACUUACGUCCCGAACACAACAUUACUACGACUCCGACGCAAAAUUAUAGUGAUCGAUGAAUGGACUGUUUAUAACCUUUUAGUGAAUUUGUGAAAACUUGAAACGAUUUUGUUGUUUAAUAUAUUAAGUUAAGUGUUUGUGAAAAAUUGUGCAAGAUGCUCGUGGAAGAUUCGCAGACUGCUAGAGCAUUGUUAUCGAAAAAAUAUGCGCACUGUCCGCUGAAGAAGCGGCCGGUGCUGGUUCGGGAGGAGCGUCCAGCGACGCCGCCCACUACACCGCCUCACCCCGCCCACUUAGCUACGCGACUUUAUUACGAUUAUCAUUGUGAAACAGAAAACGAUGAACCGGAAAAUCUCAGCACAAAGCCGGAAGACUUGUCUAGAACUGGCAACUACCCCAGCAAAGCAACUUCACCUAUUGCCACAGCAAUAAUAAAAGCUGAACCAAAAGAAUGGCCUCAGCAACAGCUAGAAUACCUUGCAGCUUGUCGCGCUCGUUUAGAACCUAUGCCCACCGAACUCGCACGGCCGACACCUCAAUAUGCAUAUCUGCCAACACUCUACCCUGCAUACCCUAUGGAAGAACUAUACUCUGCUGCGCCAUCUCUUUCUCCUCCUACGCAUCCACAACUUUACGCUAGGUACUCGCCAGCCUCACCACCUUCCUCUAUUUCGCCACCACCUUGCCCAGAAGACCUUCGAUCUCCCGGUUCAGUGUCCUCUGAUUCUGGAGUUUCUGUAUCUGCUCCGCGCCGUCCACGCUAUCAGUGCCCGGAUUGUGCGAAAUCUUAUUCGACGUACUCUGGACUUUCGAAACAUCAACAGUAUCAUUGUGCUGCAGCAGAAGGAAGUCUCGCGAGAAAAUCAUUUAGCUGCAAGUAUUGCGCUAAAGUAUAUACAUCACUGGGCGCCUUGAAGAUGCACAUCAGAACUCAUACUUUGCCGUGCAAAUGUCAUUUAUGUGGAAAGGCUUUCUCGAGACCCUGGUUGUUACAGGGACACAUUCGAACCCAUACUGGUGAAAAACCGUUUUCUUGCCAUCAUUGCCGUCGUGCAUUCGCUGAUAGAUCUAAUUUACGUGCACAUUUACAAACUCACUCAGACGUUAAGAAAUACUCGUGCACCGGGUGUGGUAAGACCUUUUCGCGCAUGUCGUUGUUAAGUAAACAUUUAGAGGGAGGAUGUGGCGCGCCCGGUACGUCUCCGUACGAGUAUCGCGGUGAAACUCUCCCAACGACGCACGCGCAUCAACAACAUCCGCCACCUGCGACGGUUCAUGCUUAUUGAAAGACUGAACACCAUAAUAUCCUCGAUCUCGAAUACUCUAGAUUAAGAUCAACAACUAGCACUCACUCUUGUAAUAUAACUGUUAAUUUAAAAUAAAUUAUUUUUAUAAAUAUAUAAAGAAAAUAACGUUUGCAUAUUAUGUUUAAGCAUUCAAGCUAUGUUACUUUGUGCUUCAUAACGGACCAAUGUAUAAUAAGAUACCUAGUUGUAAGUUAGAUUAAGCUCGUUUAGUCGCUCUGUUUGCGGCAUCGCUAGUCAUGUGGCAUUUGCCGAGUGUAAUACACUUAGAUGCAUAUAUUCAUAUCCUAAGCCAUGUACAAAGUGCCUUAAUUAUAGAUGAUUAAUAUAUUCGUAAAAAUUAUAAGUUUGUAUGUUAGGGAUUUAUUAUUUAAUAAGAUUUAUAAGCACAAAACUAUUCAUGAGGCUGUAAAAUUAUAAAAAUGUUGCCAAUUUGCGUUCCUCCUC